GUAUCAUUAAACUUUAAUCAUGUCUUCCUUCACUGUUUUGUUGCUUUGCAUUCAAGCUUGCUUGAUCCAGAAUGCUUUCACCCAGUGCAUUGGAAACUACGCUGGCGACUUAUCAACCCUUGGCUACGGGUCAGGACUUUCAAGCAACUACGGCUACACUGGUCUUCAAACUCCUGCAGCCUACAAUUACGCUUCUACUAACCCUACCCUCGCCCAGUCUUCUUACGGUUACGGCUCCGGAUUUGCCGCUCCUUACGGAUUUGCGUCAUACGGUGGUGCCGGUGAAGGCAAUGUGGGAGUUGCUGGAGAGAUGCCCGUAGCUGGUAACACGGCUUUGGCUGGUCAAGUCCCGAUCAUAGGAUCUAUAGGAUUCAAUGGUGCGAUCCCGGCUGGUGGUGCCGUGUCUAUUUCUGGCAACUGUGCUUGUGGUUGCAAUGGUUAUCAAUACCAGUAUUGAUU